CACAAUAUCCAAAAUGGUUGCCUACCUGUCAAUCUUUUCUAAAUAGGCUUUGAUUGCAAAAUCGACCAAUUAGACAUAAUUUGUGUGAGAGUAAGCCAUUACCAUUAUUACCUGCAAGUUUGAUUGACCAGCAUCACUCAGUAACAAUGGAUAGGUACAGAAUAUGCCUUGUCUCCAUUAGCCAGCUCAGACUCUGCUCCUGCUGCUGUUACUGAACACAAGCUCCAAGAAUUGGAGUGCUGCACAUAUACUUCAUAUGGAUCCACCACAGUCUUUGAGCAAGUCUCGUACUCAGAAAUUCCACAAACUCUUCAAAAGUGUGCCUGAAAAUGAGUACCCUGUCGACUAUUUCUCCUGCGCGUUUAUCGGCGACAUCCUACUUCAGGGAAACCUCUACGUCUCUCAAAACUGGUUUUGCUUUUACUCACGGAUACGGGGACGUGGAAGACUUUUGGAGAUACCGAUGGAUUUAGUUAUCAGCAUAACACCAGAAAAAACAGCCUUAAUUUUCCCAAAUGCAAUAGGCCUUCAGACCAAAAAUGAAAAGUAUGCCUUUGGAUCGUUCAUAGCCAGGGACAGUACAUAUAGGUUUCUGGUGAGCAUGUGGAAGAAGUCUCAUGAAACAAAGAGUAGCGGUGGUACCACAGAUGGCAAUGUUGGUGCCAAUGGAGACACAUUCAAGGCCCCAAAAAUGUUAAAGAAAUCCAAAAGCACCCCAGAUGCUCAACAGACCAAAAAUGAGUUCCUCGACUCUAAAUAUUCCAGUAGUGUUUUACAUUCCAACUCCAAGAGUGACUCAAGCGACCAAUCAGACAGCAGUAUAUGUAUCCAGGAGAGUAAUUCACUCGAUAUCAGUGAUGUUGACCAAGAUCUCAGCCCUAGGUCAGAUUCUAGUCCCCAACACCUGCCCGCUACCAAACCCCCAAAGCCUCCUCGCCGCCGACUGCCACAGAACCUGGUCGCUGUCAGUGCUCGAAAGGCUGAGAUGGAAGGCAGGCGGUUGCAAUUUCCUUACUCAAUUGUUCAUUGUAUAGACAGAAAACGGACAGUUCAGGCCAUUCAGAAGUCUGCAGUCAAACUACAAAACAUUCCAAAGACCAAUUUCCUUCUUUCAGUUUGCACAGUAUUGGUGAUGUUUCUGAUCCUGUCAGCUAUUGGACUAACAUACAAGAUUCUUGACCUGGAGACCAAACUGAAUGCCCAAGCACCUUGGACCUCUGCUGACAGCAGCGAGUCUAGGUACAAGUCUUACAAUGAUAUGAUGGAUAUGCAGUCUUCACUUCGUGACUCUACGGCCCAGCAUAUACACAAUGUAUUGAGGGCAAACAUAAAAAUCCUGCAAGAGAUAAAUUCCAGUCUACAACAUUUACAGAAGGGAUAUUUCAGCAACUCUGCUGAAGAGGCUUGCAAAGCUGGCAAAUGUUGAGUGCCCCAAGAGAAAGCUGCAGACAACAGCUGAGUUGUGCCACAUCUAAUCAAACAAGCAUUAUAUUCAUGGGUAUUUGAAAAGCAAACGAAUUAUGGCAUUGAAUGUCAUGAAUGUUUUUUAUUGAAUGUAAAUAGUUAUGGUUAUGUUAUAUUUAUAUAUUUUAUGCUGCCUUGUUAAAGUUAUAUUAGCUCCAAAAUUCAAAGAAUAGUGAGAGCUAUACUACUCACACUAGCAUCGGUGUCAGGUCACACCUUGGUUAAGGUUUUGCAUGUAAGCACCUUCAAAUAAGUCAUUAUCUCAGCAAAUACAUCAAGUAAUGCAUUGAAACUGGACAUGUGUGUUCCCAACUAUCCAAUCUACUAAAUUAAUGAAGUUAGAUAACACUGAUUUGAAAAUGGUGCAAAUUCAAUGUGGGCCUUUAUUAUUCAAAUUCUGGUUAAGGUUAUUAAUGUAAGGCCACAUAGGUUAAUAUCUCAGCAACUACAAGAUGUAUUGCAUUGCGACUAUAUACAAUGGUACUUAACGAGCCAACCUUAUUCAUUGAUCAAGAUAACUCUAUUUUGCAUAUUAUAUAAAUUUUGCCCCUUUCUCCUUUGACUUAGAAAUUCUGGUUAAGGCUUUGCAUGUAACUUUGAAACUUCAUAUCAAGUAUGAUAACUCUAUCAUGUAUAUAAUGCAAAUUUUGCCCCUUUAUUUUUUACUGGUUCAGGUUUUGCAUGUAAUCUAAUUUUUCAAUGAUCCUUGCACAAUUCACCAAAAUUCUGCAAUCCUUUAACUUAAAAGUGGCAGAAUAGUUGAGCGCACUGUCUUUUUGACAGCUCUUGUUCUUGUUUACCAUAUUGGUAAAAGUUAUUUUUUCACAUGCACACUUUUCUCUCUCCAUGACUUUCAUUGCUUUGCAUUUCGAAAGAGCAUAUAUAAUUUGGGGCCUGGCCUAAACUUUAAAAAAAACUGAUGAGGAACAUGCUUAUGUUAGACCAGGGUCCAUAUUAUAGAAGCAUCUAAAGAAAAUUUUAACAUGUUUUAAAGAAUAAAUAUUGGAAUUGUUAUAUUUCUUGAAAAAACCAAUUACUUAAAAUGGAUUUUUCAUUUUUUUUAAACUCAUAUUUCCAUAUUUUAAUUGCAGAAUAUACACUACCUUGACACUUUCUACCGGUGACAAAAAAGGAAAAUGUACAAUUUAACUUAAGAUGCUUCUGUAAUAUGACCCUGGAGUGUAUCACACUUAAAUCAAAUUAUGCAAAUUGCUUUUACGAAAAGAAAAGAAGUACCAAAAGUCUCAAAAUUCCUUAAAAUGUAAAUACUCAAAAUCUUUUACCAUAACAAAAAUAAAGAUUGUUUGAGGAAUAAGGGCAAGAGAGUGCUCAUGUUUAGAUGUAUUAAGAUGAGUGGCAUCCCUGUGCUAAGAUAAUCACUAUCAGGACCCAUUUUCACUAACACUUAGAGUCUGAUUUUCAUUUAAGGAUCUUACUCACAAAUGAAUUGUCAAGCCGGAAUGCCAACAUUUUUAGACUUCUUUAUUACUUCAGUUCGGAUCUCAUGAAUAUAGCAAAAUGAAGAAAUUAUCAUAUUAAGAUAAUAUCACUUUACAGUUUAGAUUAUUUACAAAUUGGGCUCCUGAUUGCGAAUGCUGAAGUCUUAAAUAGCAUAAGAUAAUUUGUAAGCAAUGGUAUGUUUUUUGAAUCCUCACAACACACAUGUCUCGAGUCAUGGAAUAUCCAAUAUCAAUUUUUCAAUGAAAGAAACAGAUGUGCAGUUUUGAGUAUGAACUGAAGACACUUGAAAUUAGUGUAUAUGGUCCCAGUUGAUAUGUGAAACAAGGCUCAAACUCAAACUAGUCUGCUUCAAUUCUUUAUUGAAACUGAAUUUUCAGCUUACAAGUGCUCAUUAAAAGUGUGGAUAAUUAUUUAUUAAAUUAUUUAGACGAAAUGUAGCAUAUGCUAGUAAUAGGCAGAACCAUUUGCUUUUACAGAAAAAAACACAUUUAUCAUAAGUUUAUUUAACUGAUUUGACAUCUUUUUAAUUUUUUGUCUUGAAAUGAGCCAAAAUUUGCAAAAAUGUCUCAAAAUCAGUGAUAUAAGACUGCCGAUAAAAGAUCAGAUGGCAGUGUUCAGCAUGACUGAGAUCUACUAUUGUUUUAUUGUGAGGUAUCUAAUGACUGAAUUGAAUGUAUUGAUGUCAAAAUCAGCUGAUUCUGUGGCUAGAAAAAAAUAUAAAACAGUUGUCAAAUCAGUCAAUAUGGCCUUAAAAAAUAUGAUAACAAUUUGUUAAAGCUUCCCAGAAAUGCAAUCUAGGGCCUCAAAUGCCCUUUAUAAUAAUUGCUAUUGUCUGUCUUGCUGGGCAAGGCAGGUUUAUGUAUAUAUUUAUGUAAAAUAUGACCAUUUAACUAGAAUGUGAAAAUGGUCAUCUUACUCUGUUGUGAUACUUACCAGUACAUGUGACUGUAUAUAUAUAUACAAGUACAUGUGACAUGGAUAUUUUAUGUUUACUUUUUAUUGUAUAAUUCAUGUACAACUACUUAUUGUUACGGUUAAUGAAAUUAGAAUGUCUCAAUCCAUCCAUCAAUCAUUAAAUCAAUCAGUCAUAAUCUUGAAUGCUUGAUUUGCAUUUCAAUAUAACACAUGAAAUAGAAAUAUUUAAGAUAAAUAGAAAGGAUAGUAAUAUUAAUGAGACUGUUAUUAAUAUUAUUUCUUAAGUAUUAUUUCUAAUUAACAUUAAAUUACAAUUAUUUUUCUAAAUAAAUAUAUGUUUGCGAAUGUGUGUUACUCAGAGCUCAGCUAUGUUACUCUGCUUUCUGAUCAAUAUGAAUGAUGUCAUUUCCUUGGAGCUUUUGUCCUUGCAGAGAUUUUUUUAUCAUAUUUUUGCGUACAAUGUUGCAAUCAAUUUUGUCAUUGUAAGUAUUACCAAGAAGUAUUCCCUGAAUACUUUGAUAUGUUUUCCAUGAACUGAAAUAUAUACAUACUUUGUAUUAAAUUGACAUCAUUGUGCAUUGAAAAUCCACAUUGUGCUAUUGGCACUAAAAUAUGAAGAAUGCUUAUAAUUUGAUAUAAACAAUCAUAGUUAUGCAUUUUUUAUUCCGUUUUAUUUAAACCUUCAUAAAAGUUUAUCAUCAAAGUACCAAAGAUUCACAUAAUUGUUCAGUUAAUACCAAGUUAACAGAUGAAUAUCAGCUCAUCAUAAUAAGAAGUCUAUACUUAUGAAUGGUUACAAAUGGUUAAUCAUUGAACUGCCAGUCAUAAUUUUAUCAUUUGGACAAUUCAUAUGACGCUGAACCACCCUGAUAUAUAUUCAUAACUGUUUGCCCAAUGGAGAGAUUAACAAGACACAUGAUAACCUAAGACAAAGCACAAUUGGACUUGGAUUAAAUAUGAUCUGUUGUCAAACAAAGAACAUAUAGGUAUUUAGCAUUAGGGCGUUCUUAUUCCGAUUUAGUAUCUUGUCAAUUCUUUUAAUCAUUCACAUUGAACCGAAUAGUUUCUCUAGAUAUAGAUGAAUAUAUUUAUUUGCUUUAUUAUGUGAAAAGUUUGAUUUUUAUGAAAACUAACAACAACAAAUCCAUUGGAGCAAUCAGUCUGAAGAAAACUGACUUUUUGGUUUACAAUUGUCUGUUUUAGUUGGACAUGUAUCUUUCCCAAACCUUAGCUUUUAUGCAGACAAGUUUGUUUUACGGAUGUUAUUCUUACAAAUCACUUGCACACUGGGGUACUUUUGUUCCAUACAAUAAUGUAACACAAACCAUCCCAUGGCCAAAACAUCCCAUGCCAUUUUUUACUAGGUGGACAAAAGAUCUCACAUCAUUUUGACACUGUGGACAAAAGACUCACAUCUUUUGACACUGUGUACAAUAGUCCCACAUCAUUUUGACAUGGUGGACAAAAGACCCACAUCAUUUUGACAUGGUGGACAAAAGACCCACAUCAUUUUGACAACGUGGACAAAAGACCCACAUCAUUUUGACAUAGUGGACAAAAAUCCCACAUCAUUUUGACACGAUGGACAGAGAUCCCACAUCAUUUUGACAUGGUGGACAAAAGACCCACAUCAUUUUGACAACGUGGACAAAAGACCCACAUCAUUUUGACAUAGUGGACAAAAAUCCCACAUCAUUUUGACACGAUGGACAAAGAUCCCACAUCAUUUUGACAUGAUGGACAAAAGACCCACAUCAUUUUGACAUGGUUGACAAAAGCCCCACAUCAUUUUAACAAGGUUGACAAAAGCCCCAUAUCAUUUUGACACGGUGGACAAAAGCCCCACAUCGUUUUGACACGGUGGACAAAAGACCCACAUCAUUUUGACAUAGUGGACAAAGAUCCCACAUCAUUUUGACACUGUGGACAAACGACCCACAUCAUUUUGACACGUUGGACAAAAGCCCCACAUCAUUUUGACACGGUGGACAAAAGCCCCACAUCAUUUUGACACGGUGGACAAAAGACCCACAUCAUUUUGACACGGUGGACAAAAGACCCAAAUAAUUUUGAAAUGGUGGACAAAAGACCCACAUCAUUUUGACACGGUGGACAAAAGACCCACAUCAUUUUGACAGGUGGACAUAAGACCCACAUCAUUUUGACAUGGUGAACAAAAGACCCACAUCAUUUUGACAUGGUGGACAAAAGACCCACAUCAUUUUGACAUGGUGGACAAAAAAUCCACAUCAUUUUGACACAAUGGACAAAAGACCCACAUCGUUUUGACACGGUUGACAAAAGACACACAUCAUUUUGACAAGAUGGACAAAGAUCCUAAAUCAUUUUGACACAGUAUACAUAAGAUCCCAUACCGAUUUGCCACCCUGGACAUCACAUUCAAUACUGUACAUGAGAUCACAUAGACUUUUUCUGUAUAAUAUGUUUUCUUGACACUUAUAAUUAAAUUGUCUUACUCUUUAUAUUGUUCAUAUUCUGUGAAAUAAUUGUGAAAGAUUCUCUUCAUAUUAAAAUUUACUACCACCCAUUUCAUUCAAUUGUUUACAUUUAUCAAUUUCAAGGAACAACAUUAAAAUUUAUUUGUUAAUGGGAUGUGAUGUCCAGGGUGGCAAACUUGUAUGGGAUGUGAUGUGCAGGGUGGCAAACCUGUAUGGGAUGUGAUGUCCAGGGUGGCAAACCUGUAUGGGAUGUGAUGUCCAGGGUGGCAAACCUGUAUGGGAUGUGAUGUCCAGGGUGGCAAAACUGUAUGGGAUGUGAUGUCCAUGGUGGCGAACCUGUAUGGGAUGUGAUGUCCAGGGUGACAAACCUGAAUGGGAUGUUUUGUCCACCAUGUCAAAAUGAUGUGGGAUGUUUUGUCCACCGUGUCAAAAUGAAGUGGGAUCUUUUGGCAGCCUAGUAAAAAAUGGCAUGGGAUGUUUUGUCAAGGCUCUUUACUAACAAAAAAUCCUUGGCCAAUGAAAUUGUAUAUGCAUUACUUUUGGUUUACACAUGUGUUAAUAUUAGUCAUGAUUCAUGAUAUCAUCUCUUAGGUAAUCUUUUUUUUUUUCUUUUUAUUGACAUUUGUUAUUCCAAAUGAGGAUAUUAAUUAUACUGAUGUUAAAAAUGUUAUUGUUUUUUAUGUUGGAUGUUUGUUAUUUUAUUAUUUAAUCUGAACUCUGUGAUAAAUAUGAAGCGAGAGUGGUAUUCGGUUUCGAUUUGAGGCCAAAGAUAGUUUGUCUUUAGUUUCUCAAAUAUGUAUACAAAAUGAGGCAAGUGGAUGGGCUUUAUUAUUUAUCUUAAGAAUAAAAAAUAUGUAUAUGUUGGCAUAAUCAAACAUUACAUCUCUGGCCUGAAUGAUGUUGUUAGCUUUUGGACAUAUCUAAAUAAAGAUUUGUUUCCAAUUAGACUAAGCUUCCCAUUGACAAAACCUCCAACAUCAUUAUUGACAAGGUGGACGAAACAUCCCAGAUCGAUUUGACACUCAAAUCCCAUUGACAGUUAAGUAUCAAUCAUUUACAAUUAGAAAUAAUGUAAUAAUUUGUGAAAAAGUGUGUUCAUAUGGACAAACAUAUACGCGAGCUAAUGUCAAGAAUGGGAUGUUUUGUCCACCAUGUUGAAAUGAUCAGGGAUGUUUUGUCCACCAUGUUGAAAUGACCAGGGAUGUUUUGUCCACCAUGUUGAAAUGACCAGGGAUGUUUUGAACAUGGGAUGUUUAGUACAACUCCUCAAUGCAAAUGUAUUUGUUUGCACUUAAGUCUCAAUACCUUAAUGUUAUUAUACCCCCCAAAACAAAGUUUGGGGGGGGGGGGUAUACUGGAAUCGGGUUGUCCGUCUGUCUGUCUGUCCGUCUGUCCGUCCGUUUUUUUUUUGUCCGGGAUUCAUCUUUGUCGUUAUUGAACAAAUCUUUUUCAAACUUUCAGAUAUUAAUGGCCAUGAUGUAAACUUGCGCCUCUGUGAAAUUGGUACGGGUCACAUGACCCUGACCAGAGUUAUCUCCCCUUGAUGUGUUAAAGUAGGCAAAAUAAGCCCUGGCCGGGAUUCAUCUUUGUUAUUAUUCAACAAAUCUUUAUCAAACUUUCAGAAAUUAAUGGCCAUGUUGUAAACUUUCGCCUCUGUGAAUUUGGUACAGGUCACAUGACCCUGACUGGAGUUAUCUCCCCUUGAUGUGUUAAAGUAGGCAAAAUAAGCCCUGUCCGGGAUUCAUCUUUGUUAUUAUUCAACAAAUCUUUAUCAAACUUUCAGAAAUUAAUGGCCAUGUUGUAAACUUUCGCCUCUGUGAAUUUGGUACAGGUCACAUGACCCUGACUGGAGUUAUCUCCCCUUGUAGGCAAAAUUAGCUUUGUCCGGCCUAACUCCAGGGCAAACAACCUAGACAUGGAGGGGUGGGGGGUAUUCGUUAGCCUAUGGCUUACAGUUCUAGUUUGGCCUGGCUUUUUUAACUUGUUAUGGAAUGCACUGAUAGUUCAAUGUUUGUUUUGUCCAUUCUUUGUAUAUUUAUUCGUUAUUUAUGUCAUUGAUAAUCAAGACUUGCAACCACAUUACAAAACCAUUCGGUCCAUAUCUUUGCGUUGUUUAAUGCGGAGAUUGUUUCUGCGAUUUUCUACUCGAAUAUGUUGAUUUAUCUUUUGGGUAUGGACGAAGAAUAAAGCACUGAAACUAAAA